AUGUCCGUUGACCCCUCCCCUCUCAAGUCCUUCACCCACUGGCCACUCUCCAGCUCCCACCCGCUCCUCACAGCCGGCUCAACCCGUCGCAACCCCUCGUCCCUCUCCCUCACCACGCUCUCCGACCUUAACGCUGCCGCCCUCGCGCUGCACCCCACCCCCUUCGCCCUGCUCGCCCCCGCCACGCCCUCCUCCCCCUGCCGCCCCUUCUCCUUCUCCACCUCCUUCACCUUCCGCAUCUCCUCCCCCAACGCCGCCGGGCUGGGCGGCGAGGGCUUGGCGUUUGUGAUGCUGCCGACGCCUACGCUCGGCCUGCCGGGGCCUUCCCUGGGGUAUGGCCGCCUGCUGCUGCCCCCGGGGAGCACAACUGGCACUGAUGACUCACAGCCACAACAGCACAGGAGCCUGGCGGUUGAAUUCGACACAUCAUCCUCCCCCGAGUUCUGGGACCGCCCCGACCACCACGUGGGGGUGAACCUGCACGGCAGCAUGCUCUCUCUUGCCUCUGCCCCCGUGCACCCCCUUGGCAUUCCCUCCCUCAACGCCGGUCAGACCCUCCUCGCCACCAUCCAGUACAACGCCUCCUCCUCCCACCUCACCGUCUGGCUCUUCCCCGCCCCCUCCUCCUCCCGUUCCCCCUCCCCCUCUCGCUCCUCCCCUCGUUUUCCGGGUUUCCCUGGCUUCCCUGGGUCAUCUCGCCCCUCCUCCUCCUCCCCCUCCGCCUCCGCCUCCCCACCUCUCCCGCGCUCGGCCGUGCUGAGCACAUUCCUGGACACCUGCGAGUGGCUGGGGGGAAACGACCUGGAGGCAGCAGCGCCCCCCCCGCCGCUGUUUGUGGGAUUCACAGCGGCCACGGGCAAGGGGGCGGAGCAGGCUCAGGCGCACGAGGUGCUGGGGUGGACCUUUCAAGUCGGGGAGGGUGAGUUCCAAGUCGGGGAGGGUGAGUUCCAAGUCGGGGAGGGUGAGUUCCAAGUCGGGGAGGGUGAGUUCCAAGUCGGGGAGGGUGAGUUCUAA